GUGUGUUCCAACAUGAAACCGGAAGUUGACAAUGAAAAGUUGGUAGAAAAAUUAUUCAUGCUACAUUACUGAUAAUAUCCGUCGCCCCAGCUGAACAUAAACGAUAUUGUUACAUUUAAUUAAUACUUUAAAAUAUUCUUUUAGUGACGGCGAUUGCAAGUGACGAAAGUGGGUUUCAAGCUCGGAGCGCGCCAAUCACUUCCUAUGUUUGGAAGCGGUUCAUCUUAGCUCAAGGAGGCUAAAUUUGCUCGUAAAAUAUCUGAUUUUACUCCGUAUGAAAUUAAAUGGACGAACACAAGGAAAAUAUUCACAAUACGGACGUCAACGUAAACAUGUCAACCGUAGAAGAUGACAAGUUGAAGUCCGACAGCACCAUAUGUCCCAAAGAAAGAGAAGAUGCUCCUCGAGCGUCUAAUAGUGACUUCAGCCACCCCGUGUACAAGGAGAUCGCCUUGGCCAACGGUCACAUCAACCGCAUGUCCAAGGAAGAGCUGCGCCUCAAGCUGUCUCAGCUAAAGCUAGACACAAGGGGCGUGAAGGACGUUAUGAAGAAGCGACUGAAGAGCCACUACAAGAAGCAGAAGCUGACUCAGUCGGCGGCGGCCGACGACGGACAGGCGGAAGCCGACUACGACUAUAUCUGCGUGGUGGACUUCGAGGCCACGUGCGAGGAGGACAACCCGCCCGACUUUGUGCACGAAAUCAUCGAGUUCCCCAUAGUGCUGAUCAGCACUCAUACUUUGGAGAUUGUGGGGACUUUUCAGGAAUACGUUAAACCCGAGUUAUGCCCAAAACUGUCAAACUUUUGUGUGAAGCUCACGGGAAUAACCCAGGAAAAGGUGAACGCAGCCAAGCCGUUUCCAGUGGUCCUGAAGCGAGUGGUCAAGUGGCUUGAGGAGAGGGAGUUGGGCACUAAAUACAAAUACACCUUCCUCACAGAUGGCGCGUGGGACAUGAGCAAGUUUCUCAACAUCCAAUGUCGCAUCAGCCAGAUUCGGUACCCUCAGUUUGCCAGGAGAUGGAUCAACAUCCGUAAAUCCUACGGCAACUUCUACAAGGUCCCGCGCACGCAGAUCAAGCUGAGCACCAUGCUGGACAAGCUGGGCCUCCAAUACGAGGGCCGCCCACACUCGGGACUGGACGACUCGCGUAACAUCGCCCGCGUCGCGCUGCGAAUGCUGCGGGACGGCUGCCGGCUGCGCGUCAACGAGCACCUGCACGCCGGCCAGCUGCUCCCCGCGCCCAGUUGGGCGGCCACGGAAGGGGCACCUCCUCCCCGCUGGCCCGGCGCCCGCAGAUAGGAGGAUGUGCGCGCGCGGCGUCCGUCUCGAAGGCUUUUAUUGGGCCCAUUUCGGCAAUUUCCGGAGUCGGCCCGCGCACGGAAGGAAGACGCCACAUGUGAUAGAUACUGCUACAUUCUCGUAAACGGCAGUUCGUUAGUUCAGAAUGUGAGAUGUCAUCGUUUUUUCUAUCCUCUAUUUUACAGGAAUAAAUACUGCUGCUAAAGUGUGUGUGGGUCAAGCUUUAUUAUUUGACAAAAAGAUCUAAAUUCAUGAUUGAAAUCAAAUAUCGGGGAACAAAUGUGUCCCUGUUUUUUUUAUUUAGAAAAUGAUAUAAUUGCAUCAAAGUUUUUUUGGGUUAAGUAGCAAAGUAAUAUUUCAGGAAAAGAGACUAAUCAUUUUUCUGUCAAUACUGCACGUCGUGCUCUACUCGGUUGUGCUAUAAAACUGAAAUCAAUCACAAAAUGUUGAUGUGCUGUGGCUUUCAGGAUAAUGUACACAAAAACAAGUUUGUGGAACUGUCAAGAACUUUGCACGUUAAAAACGUUCAACUGCCAAUAUAAUGUAAUGUGAGUCGUCUCUGUCAAAAUUUUGACACUUUGGUAUUGUGGCACGAGGUUCGUUUGGCAUGUAGUGGUUUUCAUAGCGGAAUAGUCUAAAGCUGCCCAACUGCGGGUAUCAUCUGCUUCAGGAUCCUCCCUCACUGGCAGGUGCUGUACAGCAUCACCUUGUGGCUGAUAUCAUCCAGGACUCGGCGGGCGUUCUCCUCCAAAUGGGCCAGCUCUGCGGCUUUAGCCUCGAGGAUCUUCUGGUUGGCCUCAUAGGAGCUCUCCAGCUCUGAAAGUACAAAAUGGUGCUCGAUCACUUUGUAAAAGCGGUAAAGGGAACCACACGCUUACCUUGCAAUCUCUGCAGCUUGUUGCUACUCUGAGCCAGCAGCUCGCCGGCUUCCUUACGCAACUCGUCAGCUCGUUCCCUCGCCUGCAGCACCGACUCCCCUUUGUCCUCCAUCAUGUCCUCCACUUCUUCCAGUUUGUUUUUGACCUCCGAGUCAAACUCCUUCACAGGCGCACAAUAAGCGUUAUGAUCUGAUAGAGAGCUAGUAAGUCGAGCGGCGUUUCUGCGUGCCACCUGCUGGGCCUCGUCGGCAUCCUUCUUGGCCCGUUCGCUCGUCCGGUCGGCCGUCUCCGUCAGGCUGUUGACCUCGAGCUCGUUCUGCCGCAGUAGACCCACCUCGCGCUCCAGCUGCAGCAGCCGCCCCGUGGUGUUGCCCAGACGCAGCUCUGACUCCGCCGUCUCCGAGUCCACCUAAAAUAGAUGUACGUCAACGACGCAAACGCACGACCGCCGGCGGGUAUCGUACUCACGGAAAGUAUCAAGUCCAUCGUUCCCUUUGUGUUGUUCUGGGCCAAUCGGAUGGCAUCCGCGGCGAGGCUCUGAGCACGCUCGGUCUCGUCGAGAGCUGUCUUCACCGCGUCUGUCCUCUCCUUCAAGUCUUUGGCGCCCUGACUGAAGGAUAAGAGCAACGUAUACUGUACGUUAAAUCCAAUUCACACAAGACUCACCUCCCAUUCCCGGGUGACAGUUCUUACUUUGCGGCCUCGGCCUGCCUCAACAGCUCCUCUGCUGCUUUCAUGUCAUUAGCGCUCUGGCUAAGGAUGCUCUCAACAUUGGUCAGAGCGCUGACCUUCUCCUUGAUUUCGGCGGUCAGCUCCUGUAGCUUUUCUGUCGACGUGGGCAUCUCCAGUUCCAAGACCUCAUUGGCCACAGCCUCGAUGAUAGACGCGUUGGCCUUGUCGUCUGCACAGUUGACGGCACGCAUUCAGAGAUGUUUUGGGUUGAUGUUGAAGCAGAGUUACUCACUCGUGAGUAGAUCUCUUAUGUCUUUGAUGAGGCUGCGCAGUUGCUCGUUGCUCCGCUCCACUCGCUCUUUGCUCUGGUUAGAUUUAAUCAGCACCUGCUGAGCGUUUACUUUGGCUUCCCUCGCUCGAUUGCUGGCCUCCCACACCUGAAAGCAAGCACUCAGUGCUUCACGAAUCCUCAACAUAAAGGGAACAACCUACAAAUUUGUCCACUCACCAUCCUGGAAAGCUUAUCCACUUCCUUCAUGGCUUCAAGAAUUUCCUCGUCUAGCUCCCUGGCUGACUUGAGAGCACUUUGGGAGGUCGCAAUGAUGCCUUUGCAUCCUUCGCCACCACAUUGGGGAGCAUUGUUCUCAUCGACACAGCCCAAUCCGCCACAAGAAGAGCCAGAGCACUCGUCACCCUGAGCCUCACUGCCGCACACCUACAAAAAAGGAAAUGAGGGCAUCAUUUGAGGGUUGUUUGUUUUUUUCUGAAAUAUCACACACAGAUUUUCUUCUCACCUUCUCGCUUAGAAGUGACAAAUUUAGUUUGUCCAUCUCAUCCGUGAGCUUGUCCAUUUUCUGUUUGUUUCGCUGAUGCCUGCGAUCAAACUCCUUCCUGCUGGUAUUCAGCUUCUCCUCAGUCACCUUGCGAAGUGUUCCCGACUGCUGCACCGUGUUUCCAGGGUCACUGGUUGAAGCGUUAACUCUGAUUUCUGCAAGUAACGAUUCCUCGUUUGCCUCUGUGAUGGUGUCCAUGGCACCUAGGAAAAAAACAAAUAAUUACAACAACACAUCAUGGUGUUGCACUGGUAAGUUUAAGAUUUGCAAUAAGUUAAUUUGUCACCCUCGAAGUUGGCAUUCUUGGCAUCAAACACCUGCUGCCUGAGUUCCUGGACACGGCGCGCUAAUUGGUUGGCCUGCUCUGUCAGCUCGUCCAGGUUUACGUCGGUAGCGUUGGCAUCGCUUUGGAGGAUGUUCAGGGUCUCCUCUGUGGUGUUAAGCUUGCCAUCAAGGUAGGACAUGACGCCGCUGAUCAGGGGACUCCGAUUAAAGGACUUCAUGGAUAGGAUGCAUGUUUGUAGACUUACGUGAUCUGGUGCAUGAGGUCCUGGUUCUCCAUAAGCUUCACUGCUGCAGGGUUCCUCUCCACAAUUUCCCUGACCGCCUUAAUGUUUGUCUCCAGGCUGGUCACUAAGUCUUUGUACGGUGCUGUCACGCCGCUGGUCUGCAGUUCCGUCACCUUUGCCUCCAGUCGGUGAGUUUGGUUGGUGAGCUCUUCAACCACCGCGUCCCAGUUAGCAAAGCACUGGUGGCAAGGCUGGCAGUCCGGGAAUUCCCCCUGGUAGCCUCUGGCGCAUUUGUCACACCGUGGGCCCGAAACGCUCUCCACGCAGGUGCAGUGUCCAGUCACCCGAUCACACUGGUCGCUAGAAAUCCCACGAGGGUCGCAGUCACACGCUGCAUGAAAAGAGAACACGUAAAUAAAGAGUGCAGGAUUUUAGACGUCAGGGAAAAGUACUGACUUCCAGCUUUUCAUGUAAAUAAACGACCUCAUUUUGACAUUGGGGAGCAAGUAGACCCCCCCCCCCCCCUUCUUAGAUACAUCACAAGCUUGCAAAAGUAGUCAGAGUGAAGGAAUGCAGGCUCCUUCUGGGCUUAUUUGCCUGAUUUAAGGCACUUUAAAGUGAAAUAGGUUUGGCAAGGCACCUCUAAAUCACAAUGUACAGACAAGCUGGAUUUUAAAGUUGGCAGUUGGCAGCACCUCUCAACUGUGGAAGAUACAACCGUCUCUCGCACAUAAGUGCGGACUUCUCCCACUCAACAAUUUGGCCACUCACCACCACCCAACGGUUCCACCUCAAGAGUUUUAACAACUUUGACCAGCCUUUGAGUGGAAAAUCGUUAAGGAUUCCUCUCGAGUCCUGUGGGUGUUGCUGGGAUGACACAAAAAAGCCUGGGACUUUUUGAGAACAUCUGGUUCUCAUGAGCAGGGAACACAAGGUCAUUCCCGGAGUCAGCAGCCAAUUGAACGUCUGUUCUCUCACAAUACCACUUUGAUCCUUAUGGGGCGACAGUGAGGCUUUGAAAGACUUGUAACCGCUUGUUGAAAAUAGACUGGUUGAUUACCUCAGCUUCAAGAGCACCAAAGUUUUGGAGAUUCACAAUCAACUUGGUCUUCAAAUACAACAAAGGCUCUACCGUUACAUGGGGUUUUAUUUGCCGUACCAUGACACUUGACCUCUGGAUCCCCCCAGAAGAGCUCCCGACAUUCUCGACACGUCCUGCCACCAAAUCCUGGUUUACACGAGCACCGUCCCGUCACCUAAAGGCCAAAGGAAACAAAGAACAAAAGUGUUGUCGUGACAUCAACAUGCACAUCCUGACAGACAUUUGUACUCCUGUUGAAUGUGUGUUUGAGCAAAACAUCAGAGUGCAAGCGAGAGCAGCAAUUCCCAACCAGUUGGAUCCAGAACCUUCCCACCCCAGUCUUCAGAUUACAUGUUGUGACCGAAUCGCAACACUAUUUUACCUUCACUACAAAUUCAAAGGACACAUCAUAAUUUCUCACUGCUAACCUCAUCACAGGAGGAGCCGUAGGAGUGGACGGGGUCGCAAUCACAUCGCUGGCAACCCGUCCCGCUCGCCAUGUUCCACGUGUCCUCAGCGCAGCGUUCGCAGUUCUGGCCCACCACAUUGGGCAGGCAGGGGCAUUGGCCACUGUGCUGGUCGCACUGGCACUCAUCCGGUGAUGAACACGCAUGUGGGGCUGUGCCCGUCGGCUGGCACAUGCACUCUGUAAGACAACCGGACGAGUUGAGCGAAAAUUUGAGCAUUGACCCUUCCAACAUCCAUGAAUAAUCACCAAACGCUUGGAAUUUUUGUGGGAAAAAUACAUGGCUCCACUCACUUCUGCAGCUCUGAGUGGAGGCUUUGCCAUAGUAACCAGUUUUACAGUUCUGGCAGGCAUAACCGUCUGUGUGGUACAGACACUUGAGACAUGACCCUGUACGAGCAUCACAGGACUUGGGGUCUUGCAUGUUAAUGUUUCCGUUGCAUUGGCACGCCAAGCAGCGCCCGCCGGGCACCAACGGGUUGCCAAAGUGACCUGGGGCACACUCAUCACAUCUGGCACCUCAACAGGGGUGUAAAGAAAACAGGGCACCUUUCAGACCGUAGGUUCAUUACACGGAUGUUUGUACGUGUACAUAAAACGUAUAAUUAUCAUCAUACAACGUGUGUGGUGUACCUUUGUAGCCAGUGCUGCAAACACACACCAGCUGGUUUGUCCUGGCCUCCAUGUAGCAGCUGUCGGCAAACUGACGUGCGCUACGUGGGCCGUCGGGGCACGAGCACGGUCGGCAGUGGCUGCCGGAGCCCCGCUCUGGGUUACCAUGGUAGCCAUUCAGACAUCUGCAGGAUUAAAGCAACAGUAAAAUUAGAUUUGACUGAGGGAAUGCAGAGAGAAUUCCCCGUUUUCAUACCUCUCACAGUAAUGUCCGGCGGUUAAGUCUCGGCAGCCUUGACACUCUCCUGUCUCGGGGUGGCAGACCUCACUGUGGCCGUUACAUUGGCAUGGACGGCAAUUAGGGAAUCCCCAAAAUCCCGGUAGACAGUGGGCACACUGGCGCCCCGUGGCCCCAGGAACACAUGUACACUGUCCCGUCGAUUCAUGGCAAAGUGCAUCGUUUGACCCUCGGGGGUCGCACUCACAAACUGGGGCAAGAAAUAGCUCAUUGUUACCACCCCUGGAUGAAAACCAGUGGGGCAAAUAAGUAUUUAGUCAACCACUAAUUGUGCAAGUUUUCCCACUUUAAAAUGUUAGCGAGGCCUGUUAUUGUCAACAUGUGUAAACCUCAACCAUGAGAGACCGAAUGUGGAAAAAAAAGAAAAAAAAACAGAAAAUCACAUUGAUUGAUUUUUAAAGAAUUUAUUUGCAAAUCACGGUGGAAAAUAAGUAUUUGGUCCAUACCAAAAGUUCAUCUCAAUACUUUGUUGUGUACCCUUUGUUGGCAAUAACGGAGGCCAAACGUUUUUCACGAGCUUUUCACACACUGUUUCUGGUAUUUUGGCCCAUUCCUCCAUGCAGAUCUCCUCUAGAGCAGUGAUGUUUUGGGGCUGUCGUUGGGCAACACGGACUUUCAACUCCCUCCACAGAUUUUCUAUGAGGUUGAGAUCUGGGGACUAGCUAGGCCACUCCAGGACCUUGAAAUGCUUCUUACGAAGCCACUCUUUUGUUGCCCUGGCUGUGUGUUUGGGAUCAUUGUCAUGCUGAAAGACCCAGCCACGUCUCAUCUUCAAUGCCUUUGCUGAUGGAAGAUUUUCACUCAGAAUCUCUCCAUACAUGGCCCCAUUCAUUCUUUCCUUUACACAGAUCAGUCAUCCUGGUCCCUUUGCAGAAAAAAGGCCCCAAAGCAUGAUGUUUCCACCCCCAUGCUUCACAGUGGGUAUGGUGUUCUUCGGAUGCAAUUCAGUAUUCUUUUUCCUCCAAACACGAGAACCUGUGUUGCUACCAAAAAGUUCAAUUUUGGUUUCAUCUGACUAUAACACAUUCUCCUGGUCCUCUUCUAGAUCAUCCAAAUGCUCUCUAGCGAACCGCAGACGGGCCUCAACGUGUACUAUCUUCAGCAGGGGGACACGACUGGCAGUGCAGGAUUUGAGUCCCUGGCGGCGCAUUGUGUUACUGAUAGUAGUCUUUGUUACUGUGGUCCCAGCUCUCUGUAGGUCAUUCACUAGGUCCCCCCGUGUGGUUCUGGGAUUUUUGCUCACCGUUCUUGUUAUCAUUUUGACGCCACGGGGUGAGAUCUUGCACGGAGCCCCAGAUCGAGGGAGAUUAUCAGUGGUCUUGUAUGUCUUCCAUUUUCUAAUAAUUGCUCCCACAGUUGAUUUAUUUACACCAGGCGUUUUACCUAUCGCAGAUUCAGUCUUCCCAGCCUGGUGCAGGUCUACAAUUGUCCUUCGAUAGCUCUUUGGUCUUGGCCAUAGUGGAGUUUGGAGUGUGACUGACUGAGGUUGUGGACAGGUGUCUUUUAUACAGAUAAUGAGUUAAAACAAGUGCCAUUAAUACAGGUAACGAGUGGAGCCUCAUUAGAAGAAGUUAGACCUCUUUGACAGCCAGAAAUCUUGCUUGUUUGUAGGUGAGGUGACCAAAUACUUAUUUUCCACUCUGUUUGAUUUUUAAAGAAUAUAUUUCCAAAUUAAUGUGAUUUUCUGUUUUUUUUCCCACACAUUCUGUCUCUCAUGGUUGUGGUUUACCCAUGUUGACAAUAAUAGGCCUCUGUAAUCUUUUCAAGUAGGAGAACUUGCACAAUUGGUGGUUGACUAAAUACUUAUUUGCCCCACUGUAAUUCUGUCUACUUCUGCCAAACGCUUACGCCUGCAUCCGGCGGGGCCGAAGAGGAAGGUGCCGGGGGCGCAGUGGUCACAGUUCCUGCCAACAACUCUGGGGCGACAUUGGCACUGGCCUCCGCUGGGAUCGCACACGGCGCUGACGGAACCUUGCGGGUCACACUUACAUGCUAAAAGGCAAAACAUGUUUAUGAAAAUUCUGGGGUUUAGAUGAUUCUGUUAUCGAGGACAGGUUUCACUUUUAUUUUUUUAUUUUAUUUUGGGGAGUGGGGUUGUAUUAUUUCGAGGACUGAGCUUACGCAUGGCUCCUUUGUGCAGCAGUGCAGAGACACUGAAUAUGUAGUCGUUGCAUAUGUCUGUCAUUGGGCUCUUGACCACACUCUGGCUGUUCUCCAGGCAGCGGUAGCGCUCAAAAGUAUCCCAUGCUGCUUCACCUUCUGUGCCAUGGAACAUUUCCAGUUCCUGCACCCUGGGCAUCAACACCAGCUACACAGGAGAACAACGUGAGGCAUCUGUCUGGAGGUCACAUGGUUGAUUGUUUUGUGUGAAACGUACAGAAUCAAUGAGUGUGUACGGGCUCUGCAUGUCACUGUAGGAUGAGUAGCGGGGCAAGCUGAGGCGCACCGUGUAGUUCUGUCCCUUCUCAAAACACACGGGACUGGGCAGCAACAUGUGUCUUUAGGAGGCAGGAAGUGUGUGUUGAAAUGGAGGCUCAAGGUAUGGAAGUUUGAGGUAAAUUCUUAGGUACUGUUACCUUGAACCGGGUGGCAGAGAGACGUACUGCUCGUCUCCGUCGCUGAAUGAACCGCUGCAGUGGGUGGGGUAGUUUUGAGAAUGGAAGACAGGACGCUGGACUUCGACGUUGACUUGCUCCCAUUGCUCCGGAAGCUAACAGCAAGAACGAGUUCUUGGUCACACUUAGUCAUUACAGUAUAAAUAUAAAACAUCGGUCAAAACGAAGUGAAGUUAACCUGCGGCUCAUAGCGAAUGAGAACAUCGUAGUCCAUGGAAUCUGGAAUGUUGUCAAUGAUGAACUCUAAAUAUGCUCCCUCUGGUACGUUAACAAAACCCAUCCCGGUCCAUGUUGGGCUGCGAUCCAGAGGGUAAGGUCUGUGAACCAACACCACGCCCUGACAGACGGGCGCUCCUUUUAUAGAUAAGCUUCUUUAGAACUAAAAGAUGAUGGUGGUGUUGGUGUGCUUACAGGUCCGCGCUUGGCAUCCUCAGCCUCGUAGGUGUAGUGGUCCAGAGCAAUGAAGUAGUAGCCGGAUUCCAGCUGGUUGCACCGCCGACCGAACAUGUGCUCCCUGCACUCACACUGUCCAGACACCGGGUCACAGCUGUGGAAUAUCACAUUUAGGAAUUUUUGACUUUCCAACUGUAAUUUUGAAUUAGCGCUCAUACUUAUUGUUGAGGGCCCCUCCCUGGUCGCAGUCACAAGGUCUGCAUCCGUCCAUGUCAUUGGACAGACCCCAGUGUUGUGGCUAUGGUAAAGCGCGUGUUAGGAAACUGCGGACUGACUGAAGGACAAGCACAGAGUGAGGCUGCCUACCAGACACUGGUUGCACUCAUGUCCGCUGACCAGCCGCUUGCAGUAGCACCUUCCUGACUCCGAGUCGCAAGAGUUGGCUCCAGGCAGUGUUCCCAGUGGGUUGCAGGCGCAAGCUGCCAGAGAAUGCAAAAUAAAUUUAUCUAGUCUGUCACUUGGUGUGUUGCAGUCUUGUGAAUGUGUGAUUAUCACAUAGGAAUGGGAAAAUAAUUUUCAAGCUUGGUCAUGGAAAGUACAGUCUAUGGACUGGAACACUCCUCUUUGUCUUAUGUCUUCAUCUUAGCAACUCCUAAUACCUUUGUGACAGUGGUUUGGUUUUCCUACCCAGACAUCCGUGCGACCCCUGUCCUAGUCCAUAGUGUCCAUGUCUGCAGUGGUCGCAGCGCGACCCCUCCACAUUGGCUUUGCAACGGCAUUGGCCCGAGAUGAGUCCGGCAACCACGUCCGUCCUGGCGUCACACAGCCCCCCCUGCAGGGAGCCUACUGGGUCACAAUUACAAGCUGGGGGGGAAAGUUUUUGAUUAGACAAGUUCAAGAACCAAACAGUAUGCUUAGACGUGAGGCUUUUGAACAUACGUUCGCAGAUGUUGGGGUCCCGGAGGUCACGGUUGGGGUUCUGGUAGAAGAAGGGUGCACACUGCUCGCACUGGCGGCCUACUGUGUUGUGCUGACAGUCAUCGCAUACGCCACCGCUGACGUUACCCGUGGUGAUGUAGACGGCCAUGUCGAAGUGGCAGGAGCCGGAGUGAUGGUUACACUCGCACCCUGAAGAGAAGGCAGUGGGUACCUCCAGGUUUUUUGUUUUCUUUUAGCACCAUGUGAAGAUUUUAGAGAUCACUUCAAGUCUCACUCUUGCAAGCGUGCGUGUUACGGCCCUCGGCCGGCCUCCAGGGGUGGUCGUGAUGGAACUCCCUGCAUCGCUCGCAGUUCAAGCCCUCGGUGUUGUGGUUGCACACGCACCGCCCGUGGACCUACACAAGAUGCUGAUUAGAACACUUUCUCUGUGCAAGUUUCGGCGGAAUUGGCAUUUCUCCCACCAUUCCCUCGGCCCCCGUCGGCGCCCCGUCAAUAGGGGCGCACUCAGACGCAUGGCCGUAACAGAAGCAGUUGCCGCGUACGACCAUAUCGUAGAUGGCGUAGUAGUACUUCUCUGUCACCUCCUUUCGCGUAUCUAGCAGGUUGUCGCCAAGCGUGUGCAGUUUUAGGAAGUUGACACGCAAGUUGGUAAUCUUCAGCAUGUCUGAAGAACAAAUGACACACCGGUUAGAUGCCAAUGACAAGCUUUACUCUAAAUAGCUGUGUUGACUUGUUCAAGGUAUGUUAUGGCCAUUGGUUCUCAAUCACCAAAAGGGUUUCUGUGUUCAGAUGUUUGGAGAAAAAAAAAAUUGGUAGGGACAAAGGUUGUUUUGAAAUUGGGGGGAAGGUUUUGUGUACAUGGACAUAUCCUCCUCUACAUGUGAAAUUCCUUCCCAGGGUUUUCUUCCUGUCUGACCUCAU